CCAUUAAGCCUGGUCUGCGUGGGGUUUCGUUUUCCACCUUACGAACACGUGUAUCGUGACGUGGUUAUCGUCUUGGCGGCCCCUCUCUCGUCUUCACCGAUACUUCUCUCAACUCAUUGAAGACCUACUGUAGCAUUUCAUACAACUGUCUCAAAUCCUAGACGUCUCUGCUUCGAUAAGAUAUUUCCUUUUUCUAUUAGAACUGAAAGUUACAAUGAGAAAUAGUGAAGAUCUGAAGUCUGAGAAGGGCCUUUCACCUCCAGUGGAUGAUCAAGCUAAUGUUCAUGUGUAUCAUGAUUGGGCUGCUGUGCAGGCAUAUUAUGAUCCGAGGUUUGUCGUUCCCCAGUUUUUUGGUGCAAAUGCCGCAUCUGGUCAUGCACCUCACCCUUACAUGUGGGGACCUCCGCCGCAGCAAAUGAUGUCUUCUUACGGGCCUCCUUAUGCUGCAAUCUACAGCCAUGGAGGUGUUUACGCAAAUCCUGGUGUUCCACUUGCUCCAAUUGUGAAUGCAGAAGCCCCUAGUAAAUCAUCAGGAAAUACAGAACAAAGUUUGAUGAAGAAACUGAAGGGAUUUGAUGGACUAGCUAUGUCUAUUGGUAACAACAACGCCGACAAUGGUGGUGGUGUAGCUAACCAAACAGAUUCUCAGAGUACGGAGACAGAUAACUCAAGUGAUGGAAGUAAUAGCAACACAGAUAAGUCAAGUGACCGACAUGCGCAAAAAAGAUAUCAUCGUCAGGAAAAGCCUAGAAUUGAUGGAGAUGGAAACAUUAAUGGAACACAUACAAUACUGUCCCCAGUUGGUAAGGAAAGUGAUGCUCUUGGAGGAAACGAGGUUAGGAACCCUUCUGGCAUGCUCGUGAAGGCUAUUGUUCCACAGCCUUGUUCGGCAAUGCCAAAUGAAACCUGGCUUCAAAAUGAAAGGGAGGUGAAAAGGCAAAGGAGGAAACAAUCCAACCGGGAAUCUGCUAGGAGAUCUAGAUUGAGGAAACAGGCUGAGACGGAAGAACUUGCCAGAAGAGUGGAGGCCCUCACUGCGGAGAACCUCUCGCUUAAAUCUGAAAUGGAUCGCUUGAAUGAGAUUUCAGAGCAGCUGAAGCUUGAAAAUGCUGCACUUUCUAACCCCACUGAUGAGAUAAUAGGAGAUGGGAUUUCAAACAAAACAGUAGCGGACAGUAAGCUUUUGGAUGCAAAUGCGAGCUCAGCCCGAAGUUUAGUGCUAACUUAACCAGAAGAAUGAAGUGAGUUUUUUUAUGACGAUUUGAUAUGAGACAGGUUUAGCUUUUACAAUAGGUGUAAAGAAUCUGAUUAGAAAACCUAGCAAUUGUUCAUAGGCUUGGUUUGUGUGUUAUUUAAUGGAUCAUUUAUUGGUAAUUUGGUAUACACAUCUUAGCUGGUUUUGGGCUAGUUUGA